AUGGAUGCCGUCAUAGAGGGGCAAACAUGUACCUUUGGAUGUCAGGAGGGGUACAGGCUGAUAGGAGAAUCUUCUAUGACGUGUGGUUCAGACGGUGUUUCGCUUUCUCUUCCUAGAUGCCAAGUUGCUCGCUGCGAUAUACCAUCCCUACCAUCUCAUCUUAAGAGUACCAGUGCGACAUGUAACGCCGGGUCAAACAUCGAAUACGCUACCACAUGUGACUUUGACUGCCAGGCGGGCUUUACACUCAUGGGCAUGCAUCAGUUAUCAUGCAAUACCGAGGGCCAAUUGACCGGGGAUCUCCCGACUUGUGAAGAAAUUUCACAUGAUGACGACGAUGAUGGUGAUGGCGGCAAUGAUGGUGAUGACGACGCUGAUGGGGAUGUUGGUGUCAUUGACGAUGUCGACGAUGAUGACGAGAUGACGGCAAUGACGACAAUGCCUUCAACAACGGAGACAGCCACCCCUCCAGAAUACAACGCGACUUAUGGGGGUUUGACGACGAUGGAAGUCGUAAUGAUUGCCGGCGCCGUUAUCGGUCUCCUCAUCAUAAUCAAUCUGGUCAUCGUGAUAACUUGUUGUAGGACGUGCCGCCGAAAACGGCAAGAAAGGAGAGAGCGUCUUAUGCCUAUACAGUCAUUUGUUACCGUACCACCGGCAACUGAAAAUCGUUAUGAACUAACUGUAGUUGGUCCACCUGUCGAGCCACCGAAAACAGAUCCAAACCCAUCAUGCGUGGAUGAAUAUAAAUUCCCAGUGGACCGUCUUCGCGGACUCCACUUGACUAAAAAUCUCAUCGAUGGCGGUUCGUUCGGUCGAGUUUACCGCGUCGAAGCGGUUGGAAUCAUGGAAGGUCAGGACACAACUAUAGUCGCGGUCAAAAUGCUACGAGAUUCAGCCACAGAACUUGACAGGGAUAACUUCUCGAAUGAACUGCAGACAAUGAGAGAUAUACCGUGUCAUCCAAACAUUAUCAGGCUACUAGGAUACAGCAUAGCCGAAGAUGGCUCCACCUACAUCAUAAUGGAAUACUGCCCCAAUCAAAGUCUGCGUCAUUGCCUGACCCAAAUGGCCAAGGAGAAUCGUCAGCAGAACGUCAAUGUGUCAUCGGAACAACUUCUUCGCUUUUGUGUUCAAAUCGCCAAAGCUAUGGAACAUAUCGCUCAAAAGAAGAUUGUUCAUCGAGACCUCGCAGCUCGUAACGUUCUUCUGGGACCAAGGCUCGAGUGUAAGGUGGCCGACUUCGGCUUGGCGAGGCGUGUAAACGAUGACGAGGAAUACAUUAUGAUGUCACGGGGACGUGUUCCCGUGAGGUGGAUGGCACCAGAAUCUCUACGUCAUGACGUGUACUCCACCAAGAGUGAUGUCUGGUCAUUUGCUGUCCUCAUGUGGGAGAUAUUGACGCUUGGAGCACGUCCUUACACGGGUAUGGAGUCGGGGCAAGUCAAGAUGGCCGUCGAGGUGGGGUACCGACUACCUAAACCUGACCACUGUAGCCAGUCUUUAUACGACUUGAUGCUGGAAUGCUGGAUAGACGACCCUAGGGGAAGACCGACAUUCAGCGAAAUAUUGGUACGACUCGAGACUAUGUUUGCGACCGCAAGUACCGACAUCGUAAUGGAUGAUCUCGACGGUACCGAUUCCGAGUACAUGCCGACGUCAGAUCUCAGGCGCUCCUCCGAAGUUUGAUACCCGUCGUCUAUAUCGUAUCUGUUUUUAAUUUCAUAUCUGAAACAUACAUUUCAAGUAAUUCGAUUAGAAUGUGUGUUACUCGUAUGACGAUAUUUGUGAGGUGUAUGAUUAUAUUCAUCUUCAAAAUUCAAAUUAAUUGCAAUUAACCCAUAGCCAACUGGAACCGGAUGGUUCCUGUAUUAAACCCAUUGAACCCAUAGACAAUGUGAAAAUUCAGAAGUCAUGUGUUAAAUGCUACAUAUUUGUGUUGUUUCUAUUUUUACCAUUUGUAUACAUCUGCUAUUUUGUUUGUAACUACUUUUAUUGUCAGUUCUUGAAUUUGAAUUUUCCUUCUUUAUGCAGGACCAAUAUGUAAAACAGCCUGCGAGCUGAUCAAUGCCAUCCUGUUAAAAAAGAUGUUUGAAUAAAAUAAAAUAAAAUAAAACAAAACGAAUCAUCCUUAAGAAGUCAAUUGAAGAAGAAAAAAUUGAUACACUGUUAUGAUAUGCAAGGAAUGUUAAUAGAAUUAUGCAAUGGGCAUUAAGUGAGUCUUUUUAGUUUGAUUUUGAUAUGUUAAGUGUUUGGCUCUCUGAGAAGCGAUAUACAUGAAAAUGUAUUCCUCAGAGUAAAUGACAUGUAAAUUAUAUUUGUAUUCUUUAAAACUUUCCAAGGACCGAACAGGUGUAAGGACCGAGACCAAGUCCUCCAGAAUGGAUGAAGUGAUUACAUUAAAAACUCUGUAUCACUCCAAAGUUUUAUAACCAACAAAAAGAGUAAAUUGUUUAAUAUGCAAUUCUUUUCCUAGCUCAUUAAUUGUAAUAUUGCAAUGUUUUUUAUGAUUAUUCUAGGGAAAAACCCUGACAAGCAACUUUUGCUAUUGUUUUCCCCGUCUACAUAUUAUUCUUCUUAUUAUUUCCCCCUUUUGUAAUUUUUUUUCUUUGCGAAUUUCCUCUGUAUUU